GCCCUGUGGGUCCCACCUGUGGGUGUGUGUUGGGUAGCUGAGUUCCCCCACCCAGAGUGUCUUCCCUUUCACUGAAGCCACCAGAUCAUGAGCUCCAAUCACGAGGAGGCCCAGGCCUUCUGGUGCCUAACUUGGAUCCUAGCCUGUCUUGCCCACCAGGCCAGUACAGUUAUAAAAGAGUGUGAGGCCGACAUUUUUACCUUGGCAGGGGUGGGAAUGGGUAACGUCAACAUUGUGUGACAAUCGUGUCACGUCACAAAUCAAGACAGCCAGUUCUCAGCUCAUGAGGCUUUUUGACUUGUCGGGAAGGGACACAUUCCAGUGGCCCUGGGAGGAGGAACUGGUCAUUGAAUUUUUCUGCUUUUAAAAAACAAAGAAAGAAAGUGAGCAAGACUUUGGCAGCGUUUCCAUGAAGGAAUUGUUUGUCUUCGCUAGAUCAUCAUUGGCUGACAGUUCCUGGGCGGUCACAAUGCCAGCACAGGUAAAUCUGCAGUUUGCCAUUGCUCCAACAGGUGCCAGCAGUGCCAGAUCACUGCACGUGUAACCGUGGUAUACCAGGUGCUGACCGCAUCCCCAACUCUGAGCUGUGAACACAUGGGAGUGUGCAGCCUGUUAGCGUGAAGGGUAGUGAGUGCCAAGGUAGGGGGCAUGCCAUGUGCCACAGGGGCCUCAAGGAAAGACCCAGGCCACAGCUAUGAUAUUGAGAGAAGGUGAUUGCCAAGUUGAGAUCUGAAAUGCAGCCCAGGGUCUCCACGUGCCCAGCCCAGCUUCCUUGUGUCGAAUGGGAAUAUAGACUCAAGGAUCACAAUGGAUGGAAUUCGUGGUGCCAGUCUCUGUCUCUCUUUCUGGAAGAUUUCCCCGUGGACAAUGGCAGCUACGAUUCAGGCCAUGGAGAGGAAGAUUGAGUCGCAGGCAGCGCGGUUGCUUUCCCUAGAAGGUCGGACCGGCAUGGCCGAGAAGAAGCUGGCCGACUGCGAGAAGACGGCCGUGGAGUUCGGCAACCAGCUGGAGGGCAAGUGGGCCGUGCUGGGCACGCUGCUGCAGGAGUACGGGCUGCUGCAGCGGCGCCUGGAGAACGUGGAGAACCUGCUGCGCAACAGGAACUUCUGGAUCCUGCGGCUGCCCCCGGGCAGCAAGGGAGAAGUCCCCAAGGUGCCCGUGACCUUUGAUGAUGUGGCCGUGUAUUUUUCUGAGCAGGAGUGGGGCAAGCUGGAAGACUGGCAGAAGGAGCUCUACAAGCAUGUGAUGAGGGGCAACUACGAGACGCUGGUCUCGCUGGACUACGCCAUCUCCAAGCCCGAGGUUCUCUCACAGAUUGAGCAAGGGAAGGAGCCAUGCACCUGGCGGCGCACUGGUCCCAAGAUUCCAGAUGUUCCCGUGGACCCAAGCCCAGGCUCGGCUCCCCCGGUUCCUGCCCCUGACCUGUUAAUGCAGAUCAAACAGGAGGGGGAGCUCCAGCUCCAGGAGCAGCAGGCUCUGGGCGUGGAGGCCUGGGCAGCUGGGCAGCCUGACAUCGGGGAGGAGCCCUGGGGCCUCAGCCAGCUGGACUCUGGCGCAGGAGACAUCUCCACAGAUGCCACAUCAGGUGUCCAUUCUAACUUUCCAACCACUAUUCCGCCCACAUCCUGGCAAGCAGAUCUGCCUCCCCACCAUCCCUCUUCUGCAUGCUCAGAUGGCACGCUGAAGCUCAACACGGCAGCCUCCACAGAAGCAGAUGUCAAAAUUGUGAUCAAAACGGAAGUCCAGGAGGAGGAGGUGGUAGCCGCCCCUGUGCACCCAACUGACCUGGAGGCCCACGGGACCCUGUUUGGACCGAGCCAAGCCACAAGAUUUUUCCCUAGUCCUGUGCAGGAAGGAGCCUGGGAGAGUCAGGGCAGCUCCUUCCCCAGCCAGGACGCUGUGCUGGGGCUGCGGGAGCCCACCCGCCCUGAAAGGGACAUGGGCGAGCUGAGCCCUGCCGUGGCCCAGGAGGAAACAGCCGCUGGGGACUGGCUGUUCGGAGGAGUGCGAUGGGGCUGGAACUUCCGGUGUAAGCCUCCAGUGAGUCUGAACCCCAGGACUGGGCCGGAGGGUUUACCUUAUUCCUCCCCGGACAGCGGAGAGGCCAUCCUGGACCCUAGCCAGGCCCCAAGACCCUUCCCUGAGCCCUGUAAGUACCCUGGUCGGACAAAGGGCUUCGGCCACAAGCCGGGGCUGAAGAAGCACCCAGCCGCACCCCCGGGAGGCCGGCCCUUCACCUGUGCCACGUGCGGGAAGAGCUUCCAGCUGCAGGUGAGCCUGAGCGCGCACCAGCGCACCUGCGGGCUGCCCGACGGGACGGGCUCCGGGGCACCGUCAUCCACCAGCGCCGCCGGAGGUGGCAGUGGUGGUGCUGGUGGCGGUGGUGGCGGUGGCGGCGGCGGUGGCAGCAGCACGCGGGAUGGCAGUGCCCUGCGCUGUGGAGAAUGCGGCCGCUGUUUCACCAGGCCUGCACACCUCAUCCGGCACCGCAUGCUGCACACGGGCGAACGGCCCUUCCCCUGCACCGAGUGCGAGAAGCGCUUCACAGAGCGCUCCAAGCUCAUCGACCACUACCGAACGCACACGGGUGUGCGGCCCUUCACCUGCACCGUGUGCGGCAAGAGCUUCAUCCGCAAGGACCACCUCCGCAAGCACCAGCGCAACCACACGGCGGGGGCCAAGGCGCCAGCUCGCGGCCAGCCACUUCCACCGCUGCCCCCGGCGCCCCCGGACCCCUUCAAGAACCCGGCAACCAAAGGACCCUUGGCCUCAACAGAGCUUGUGACCGACUGGACUUGUGGCCUAAAUGUCCUGGGACCCGCUGAUGGCACGGACCUGUGAGGCACCUUCCUGGCCUGUAGCACUGACAAGCCACAAAUGUAUAAAAAAAAAAAAAAAGUUUGCAGAGCGCAGGGCUGAGGCUGAACGCUCAGAGGCAGACAGGGGCACCGCGUGUUGGGGGGGUGGGAGGGUGGGGAGGGGGGGACCGAAUUUCAGAGUUGCUGAACUAAUCACUGGAAACGGAGCAACUGUCGCACAGUGCAGCUGCCACCUCCGAACCAAGUAGAAUUCUCUUAAUUGUGAAACUCAGCACCAUAGAAUUUUAAGUAAUUUAAUUGCAAAACCGGUUGGUUUGUUUUUAAUGCUCGAGGGGUGAAAAAGAGAAGCUGGAGAUUAGUAGUAGCACCAGUUUUGAUUUUGUAGCAUACUUUUGGUUUUCAGGGCACGUGUCGGCUGCGUUCCACCAAGUCUGUCAGGUGAGUAUUGCAAAGAUGGGCAUCUGGGAUGGAGGUUGAAGAAGGCCCUGGGCCCAGUGACUGAUAGGUAUGGGCCCCCAGGCCCUGGGCUGGCCUCAUGGGUUGGUCCCCAGCCACCACUCAGUAGGAAGGACCCCCACAGGAGCAGCUGGUACAAUUCCCAGCCUCCCUCUUCAUCCAGAUGUGCUGGCUGGAAGCUUUCCCUGUCUGGGGCUGGUGCCUCUCUGAAGGGAACUUGGCAGUGUCCCCUGUGGGUGAGUCCUAAGCUCAGUAAAAGCAACAUCAUCCAAAGUUGCAGUUUUGGGUCUCAGAGGGGUGAAGAAGCCGCGGUAAGGAGUUGGGACACCUGGCGACUGCCACAGAGCCAGGAGCAGCGUGUCCUAGCACUGCCCAACAGGCCUGCUUGGCCCUCCUGCCAGAUGCUUCUGCUCCAAACACUUGCCCAACGCCUCUUAUUGGAUCGGUGCAGUGGCUGCAGGAGGGCAGCAGGGCUCACGUCUCAGUGGCACUCUGGGGCGCAGCGGGGCACCCAGAGCGGAGAAGGGCUGCAAGUGGGUCGCGGCUCCUGCUCCUGGAACAUCAGCAUGAGAGAGACAAGGUUUCCAUUUUUGCCUUCUAAAAAGAUGCAUCCCACACCUGCAUGACUCAGACCGUCAGGCCUCAAAGGAACUUAGGCUUUGCGGCAGCGCUAUCACUCACCCACCCCCUUGAUGAGUGCAUCCCAGUCCCCUCUUGGGGGUACUCGGAGGGUGGCUGGAGGGGCUGGGUACCCACCGCGUGGCUUCCUUGUCCCCACAGCAGAGCUGGGAACGGGCCCAGGUUUCUCAGUUGUGUCACACAAGCUCCCGUCACUGUUCGGUUGAAGCAGCCACUGACCCUCCUCCCGGGAUCGCUAAGCUCGCCUCCCCAUAGAGCGAGAGACCCUGGCAUCCAUUUGUUCAGCUCCCUCAUGCGUACUUUUGUUAGGCAAUAGACUAGUUAAGAAAAUUGUUUCUAUGUACUGUAUAUUUUGUACCUGUUUACACUUCUGAUAUUGAUAUAACUGAUAUUUUGAAAAACAAAUGGACAGAAAACAUCUUGUUAAAAUAAAACCUAACCAGCACC